AUCUAUCUAUCUAUCUAUCAACUGUGGAGUUCUGACCGACGUGAGUACUAGCUGCUCUAGUCUCCUGUAGUCUCCUGCUCCUCCCACACCGCUGGUCAACCCACAGGCUUGACGACCAGGUGACUCACAUUACCCAUAGUAUGAACCAAGACCUUUAGUGAUACUAGAUAAACCAGUUUAGAAGUGCAAAAUGGGUCCGUUUAUGGUAGAGAUUGUAUUCUGCCGGGUGACCCGGCGGGGCAGGAAGAAGAAGUCAGGGAUGAACAAGCUGGCUCGAGAAAACUGCAGAAAUGACGGACCUAUGCAGAGCUUUAUCCCCAAGGAUGAUAUGGUCAAGGUUACAUUGGAUCUUUCCGAUAAUGGACCCGUCUUCAGCGCCUUGGACGAUAUGAUGCUUCGUAUGUCCCUCGAGGCUUGUGAAGAGGGGGCUAAAAAGAAAGCUGCUGGUGGUGCUGAUGCUAAGAAGGCUCUGAAGAAUCUGCUGAGGUCUGGUAUACCCGGGAUAGAGGGUAUGUUCGGUGGUCCUGAACCACCCCAACCAAGAUUCGGUAAGAAGGGAGGAAAGAAAGGAUUCCAUAAAAUGAACGAUGGAUCGAAGAAGAAGUUCAUGACCGCCAUCUUUGGAGAAGAUGGUACCCAGAUCGACACCAAAACGGCUGCAGCACUAUUGGCAGCAACAUGUAGCGGGGGUAACCCUGAGAUAGGAAACAAGCUUGCUGAACUCCUAGUUCCUAAUAUGGGAGAGACGGUGGAUCCAGCUAUGAUGGCAGCACUCAUGUCUGCAUGCUCUUUAAUCAAUGCUGGAGCAGGCACAGAAGAAGUGAUGAAAGCUAUGUUGGAAGAGCUUCAAGCCUCAGGGAUGACAGAAGAUGAGAUCCUGGAGAAAACCCAGCUUCUGAUGAAGGCCUUCGGGAAGGAGGACAGCGCCAGCACUGCAGAGUACAAACUACUUAGUAAACAGAAAAACAAGGCCCUUCAUCAGGCUGGAAUUUCACCAAAGGAUUUUACUGCGAUCAUGUUGGCGCACAAGGCAAUUGCUGCUUGUGGAACAACCCCAGAAAAUGUAGCGAAGAUGUUUAUAAUAAUCAGCAUUCUCUCUAAAAAAGGAGGAAACUCAAUGCACAUUGCGAAUGUUAUGAAAAACCUGGGUCCAAUUAGUGAUGAAUUAAAACAAGAAAUUAAAUCAGAUAUUAUAACGUCCUGGAACGACUGCACCAAGUUGGGGAAGAAAGAUGUUGCCUGUCCAGCCCGUGUACACAUGUCCCUUGAUAACGAGAAUGAACCAUCUUGGACUGAAGUUAAAAAUAUCAAAGAUAUUGUUGGUGGAGUUUCUCCUACCUCCCAAGAAGCUAUUGAGCUGAAUCUGGCAAGAGCCACAAAAUCUGGAGGACUGAAGAAGGAUGAUAUAGGUAGAGCUAAUAUUGCUCUCAGGGCUAUCUCUGCUUUAGGUGUUGACCCUGUUCAGCUUGCUAAAAUUCUCUUCCUGGAAAAAACUAUCUGCGAUAAUGGAGUUCCUGCCGUUGAGGUUGCCAGAGUUUUAUCUGACGGCCUUAUGCCAAUGGAGGCCACUCAAGGAUUAAUUGCUGAAGUAGAAAACCAGAUUCUAGAGGACAUUAAACCAGUUGACAUUGAUUCUGCAGUAAAAGUUUAUAACAAUCUAAAAUUUAAGUCUAACAAUCCAACAGAGAUCAUUGAAUAUGUUGAUAAAACUCUUAUUCAAGUUCGUUGCUCCCUAGAAGAUGUAGCAGAUAAUAUGAUCAGCACAAUGCGAGGUCGAGGAGAAAAGGAGGCUAAGAUUGCACAUGAUGUAACAGAAACUCUAAAAAAGACCGGAGCAUCAGCAAGUGUAGUAAGUGCCACAAUGAUGCCCCCGUUGAUAGAACUAACUGGAAAGAAGGAAGUAGAAUUAACUAAACUUAUCGGAAGAAAUCUGAAAGAAGUGGAGUAUCCAACUGAAGAGGUUAAGACAGCUGUAGUCGACAUGGUUGUACGAAUUAUUGAUAAUGACCCAUCUCAACACUCUGAAGCGUGUGCUUCAUUGGAAUCUGUGUUUAAAGACCUAGGAGAAUUCCCAACUGCAAUCAAGGAUUUCAUUGCUUCAAAUCUACCCCCGCCACCAACGCCCCCAGAGGAAAUAGAACGAAGGAAUCAGAUAGCGGAGGAGCUGGCUAGGUUGACAAGAGAGGAGGAGGAGAGAGAACGAAUUAAAUUAUUGAAAGCAGAGAAUCCUAAUUAUGAAGCGGAGGAUAAAGCAAGGAAUAAGAAAAUGGAUGCCCUGAAAUCUGGAGAGAGUGGUUCCCGACGUGGAUCCUUGGUUCCUCCACCUCCUAGAUCUAGACAGGGCAGUGUUGUUAUCGGAGGAGCAGAGAGACGAGGAUCCUACUAUGAUGACGGAGUUACAACCAGAGCACCUGUUGAGGUUCCUCAAUUGUCUGCUGAAUCAAGAGCCUUAAUGCAGCAGAUUCUAGCUUCUAGCAGCAGUCAAGAUGAAAUAAGCAGCAGAGUUGCAGCUCUCCUGGCAGGAACAGCUCUUUCUACCUCAAGAGGUGAGAAGCUGAAGAAUGGAUAUGGAGAUAUUGAACCACAAACAUACGAUAUUGGAGACGGACCUACUGAACCUCCGUUGGUCCCUGAACCUCGGAGGGCAGAGCCUCGUGAGGUGAAACUCCGGAAGAUCAGUAAUCAAGAGAUGGACAGAGCUCAACUCUAUGAUGCCGAGGAAGAACUACGAAUCACCUACCGAGCAACUAAAGAAAAAAUUCUAAAAAUGUCGAUCUACGAUAAUUCAACUGGAGCCGAUGUUUCUGCUCUGCUAGCAGAAUUUAUCAAUCAAUCCGUAAAUCUCUCUGCACGGAAGCGUAGGGAUGAUUUUGAGAUGCCAGAAAUACCUUCAAUUCAAUCAAUUCCAGUGACACAGACGAAUGGAGAUAUCGAGUACAGUGGAGUAACAAGAAGAGAGGGUGGGGCUGGAUACGGAAAACGCGGAAGCAUCAAACGUCAGUCGGAAUUACUCCGUGAGGCUCGGAAGAGUCGACAGGAAGAAAGAGAAGAGGACAAAAUUAGAAACCAGUCCUACUACAGACGAGUUACAGGUCUGCGGAAGGCUAAAGUCCCUCUGAUGGUAUACUCCUGCGGAGGAUUCUCCAGAUGUUUCCGAGUAGCGAGGUUCUAUGAUGCCGAAGGGCCUCCGGUCGGAAUAGUUUACGAACGGCCGGAGGAUGAACGGAGAAGUUUAAAUCCGGAUUUGUAA